UUAUGAAUUAAUUUUACGAGCAAAAUCAUCAACAAUGUUUAUUUUUUAUUAUUACCAGCGAUUUGAGAGGAGAUGUUCGUUUUGAACGCGUUCGUCGCGAAAUCGCAGUGACUUUAACGGCUAAGUUUGGCGUAUGCGUCGUUCGUGUAACGUGAAAAAAUCGCCCAUUUCAACCCAUACAUUCAGCCGGACCCGAUGUGUAAGUAAAACACAAAAAAGAAUGGUAUGUGCCGUAAACGGGUUGUCGAAAAUCCGUGAAAUCCGCAUUAGAUCGAGUCGCCUGAAAGUCUGUCGCCAUAGCAACCAUCUCGAUGCGACGACGGAUCUAACGAAAAAAAAUGUAAAUCGCGUCGGGCCGUGAACAUGGAGGAAAUCAACGGUCGGGAAAUUGACGAGGAAAAUUUCGACGAUGCUUCGAGGUCGCCGAGCGAGGAGGAACGUCGGCUAUCGGAAUGUUCCGCGAGAGAAAACGGCGUCGAAGACGUCGAAAAUUUCGACCCCAUUGACAAACGAUCGGAAAAUUCGGAUGACGGUGUUUGCGGCAGGAUUUUCGCCAAGCGACAGGACGAUGGAAAUUGGCUGUUGCGGUGGGACGUUGAAAGGAAAAGCGCGGAUGAUUUUAUUGCCCUUUGCUAUGAAGAUUCGACGAAUGUAGAAGAGUGUCUUUCUAAGCAACAGAUCUGUGGACAAGAACAAAGUACGAUGUGGCUACUAGACAUACCUCAAACCCACAAUGAUUGCGAAAAAUUACUUUGUUUCCGCUACUACGACGGCUCGACGUUGGAUUAUCUAGCUCAAUCGGAUCCCAUAAUAAUUAAGCAUCCCGUAGAUAAGAUAAAAAAAUUCAUAAAGAUCAAAAAACCGAAAUGUAACGGCAUAGAGAACGACGGGUUUCAGGACGAAAGCGACCACGUUCACCUAAAACCCUCCGAAUCGUUAGAAACUUUAGAAAAUUCCGAUCAAAUUAUAUCCGGAGCGAAGAAAAAAUCUCCGAACGGCCUGAACAUGAACGCCUUGGUCGGCGGUACCAAGAAGAAAGUCAGAUCGACGAAUAGUCCGAGGAGUCCCAGUCGGGAGUACUAUCAAAUUUGGGACGCUUCUUCUUCUCCCUCACCGGAAUCAGAAGAAAACGCUUGCGGUAUGGAUUUUUCCACCGAAUCAUCGGCUCCUCCUUUACCACCGAGGACGUUGCACAAGCCGCUUGAAAGGUGCCACGCUUUAGGGAUUCCUUUCGCCCCUCCGGUGGUUUUGAGGCAGAACAAACCCCGCAAAAUUCAGAAGUUGGAAGACACCUUCAACUUCGAGCUUAUCGACACCGACGAGGAAUACAAAUCUUUCGGAACCGCGUCAACUUCAUCAGCUUCCGAUGUCGAUGCGACAGCGAACACCAACAGCAAAAUAAAGGCCGCUUUGAUAGAAAACGGAAAGAAACUCAUUGGCUGUGAUAAUUACAUAAGCACGGUCCUUAGCAAAAGUAAAGACGUAGAAUCUAGUCCGCAAAAUACUCAUCUAGGUAUAGAAAAAAUGGAUAGUCAGAGUUCAGUGUCGACUCAAAGCUCGGGCUCAGGUUCAGGCUCCGUUGACAUCGUAGACGGCGCAGAGAUCCCCAGCGAUCUAUGCAACAAACCACACAGACCGUUGGCAAGGAUCAUGCAAGACUUCGAGGGCAACUUCGAGGAAUCGUGCCAUACACCAACGCACAAAUCCAAAACCGAUACCAAGGAUUUAAUAAUUAGACCACAAUCCAAGGCUUUGCAAAGGGUGGUAAAUUCAUCCGCUGUGGCUUCGGACGUGCCCGUUUGUCCUCCAACUCCCACGCACCAUUCCAGAAAGCUCAGGACGGCCGAUUUGAGACCGCCGAAUCUGAAAUCGUCGGAACCGCCCGACGUUCGAGUCAACGGAGAAGCUCUAGCCGGAGCCGUUGUCAACGCCGAAGAGGAUCCCGAAGUGGAAACAUUGAUGGUCAGGCUGAAGCCUAUAUUGGGAGCGGAAAGGGACAACGCACGGGUACUAAAUGCGGAGAGUAAUGGCGAGGCCAGCGGCGGGAUGCCUUUGCCUCUACAAAGGCUCAGCACGACUAGAUUACCGUCUAUACCAGAAAGGAGUCACAGGGCUUUAAUUCUGACGAAAGCUGAGGGUACCGAAGAUGAUCCAUUGCCGCCUUCUUGGGAAGCUAGAAUGGACAGUCACGGGCGCGUUUUCUACAUCGAUCACGCCACGCGCACCACGUCUUGGACCAGACCGGGAGGCAGUACGAGCGCGGUACCGCUCUCCGGCGCCGAACAGCACAGGAGGCAAUUGGACAGGAGAUACCAAAGUAUUAGGAGAACGAUCAGUUCGAAUAGAUUGGAGGUUUUGGAUUUUUCAACGGCACCUCCUGGAUGUCGGUUAGUGACCAGGCCGGACUUUUUUACCAUUUUACACAUGAACCAGGAGGCUUUAGCUUUGUACAACAGAAAUCCGACAUUGAGGCAUAUGAUAGUGAAAAUUCGCCGAGAUCCGAACGUGUUCGAUAAGUAUCAGCACAACAAAGAAUUAGUCAGUCUAGUCAAUUUAUUCGCUGACGCCAGUCAAGAUCUGCCCAACGGAUGGGACACCAGGAAAGACAGAUCCUCGAAGCAAUUUUUCAUUGAUCAUACUAACAAGAAAACCACGUAUAUGGAUCCCAGGUUGCCUCUCGAAUCUUCCAUACCGAGAAGAGUAUUGGACGAAGGACAAAUUCCAACGCCGCCUCCUCGAUCGACCCCUUCUACACUGCCGCCUUGCAAUAUUCCCGAAGUGCCCGUUGCUUACAAUGAUAAAGUAGUAGCUUUCCUUAGACAGCCGAAUAUAUUCGACAUUUUACGCGAAAGGCAUCCGCCGGUGGGUAAUUCUUCGUCGCUUAGAGACAAAGUCAACGCUGUUAGAGUGGACGGUACCAGCGCUUUGGAUAGAUUCAGUCACGAUAUACAUUUGACUAUACUGCUUAGCCUGUUUGAGCAGGAGAUAAUGUCAUAUGUUCCUGCUAUGACCGUAGAUAAUAGGUCCAGUUCGACUGCCAGAAGUCCCAGGGGCUCUCCUCAACCUUCGCCUAUCGCCUCUCCCGGUUUGAGCAGGCACAGAGUGACCGCGCCUCACAAGAGGGAUUUCGAGGCCAAACUCAGGAAUUUCUACCGCAAAUUAGAAAGCAAAGGAUACGGCCAAGGACCGGGAAAAUUCAAGUUGCACAUUAGGAGAGAUCAUCUGUUAGAAGACGCUUUUCGACGCAUCAUGUCCGCUAAUAAGAAAGAGCUUCAGAAGGGUAAACUGUGCGUGAUUUGGGAUAACGAAGAAGGAUUGGAUUACGGAGGACCGUCCAGGGAGUUUUUCUUCCUGUUGUCCAGGGAACUGUUCAAUCCUUACUACGGCUUGUUCGAAUACUCCGCCAAUGAUACUUACACUGUCCAAAUUUCGCCUAUGUCCGCAUUUGUUGAUAAUUACCAUGAUUGGUUCAGAUUCAGCGGACGAGUCUUGGGCCUGGCUCUGGUCCACCAGUACCUGUUGGACGCCUUCUUCACGCGGCCCUUCUACAAGGCGCUGCUCCGACUGCCGGUCGCCCUCUCCGACCUGGAGAGCCUCGACUUCGAGUUCCACCAGAGCCUCCAGUGGAUCAAGGAGCACGACGUCUCGCUCCAGGGGGAGUUGGAGCUGACGUUCGCCGUCACCGAGGAGGUCUUCGGCCAAGUGCUGGAGAGAGAACUGAAACCCGGCGGAAGGAACGUGCCCGUCACGGAGAAAAAUAAAAAGGAAUACUUGGAAAGGAUAGUUAGAUGGCGUUUGGAACGAGGCGUAUCCGAACAAACGGAAUCUCUUGUAAGAGGCUUCUAUGAAGUCGUAGAUCCUAGACUAGUCAGCGUCUUCGAUGCCAGGGAAUUGGAAUUGGUCAUAGCCGGCACCGCCGAAAUCGACCUGUUAGAUUGGAGACACAACACCGAGUACAGAGGCGGUUACCACGAUCAGCAUCCUGUGGUGGUGUGGUUCUGGCAAGCUAUAGAAAGGUUUUCUAACGAGCAAAGGCUUCGGCUGCUGCAAUUCGUAACUGGGACGUCGAGCAUUCCAUUCGAAGGAUUUGCGGCCCUAAGAGGUUCGAUAGGACCGCGUAAAUUUUGCAUUGAAAAAUGGGGUAAACCGAACAGUCUUCCAAGGGCGCACACUUGCUUUAAUAGGUUAGAUUUGCCUCCCUAUCCGACUUCGGAAGUUUUAUAUGAGAAAUUGCUUCUCGCUGUCGAAGAAACGAAUACGUUUGGUAUAGAAUGAGUACUUAUUGUUUCUAUGGUUUUUAAAGGACUUUAUUUGUUCAAAGAUUGUUUGUGGUAUUUAAUUUGUCUAGGUAUACUUUUCUUGACUUUACCGUUAAUGUCUUUACCGGGGACAAUUUUAAUUGGAAAAGUUUAUCUGGAAAAAUGCACAAUCAUGAUUUUUGUUUCCUUGGAAAUAUGAGUUUAAGUUAUUGUUUCCAGAUGAGUUAAUAUUUAAAUUAUUUGGAAAUGUUAAGGUUUUUUUAUAAGAAAAAUAUUGAUAUAUUUUCAGUAAUUAUGCACAAAAACGCUUUCUGUUAAUAACGCCACAUAUAGUGUGCGUCA